AUGAGACGUUUCUUUCUAACUCUUCUUCUUUUUGCCAUUUCUGAGAGUUGUUUCCAAGUUCGAAGAUUUAAUGAAUGUGGAUGUGUUGACUAUAAAUCAUUAUCUCGUGCUCACAUUGCUCAAUUAAAUCCACAAUUAUCGAAGGAUAUUUCCAAUGGAAACCUGACGAAUCCUAUUUUUAUUUAUGAGAAUUGUAGUUAUAUUCAUAUGGAAUGUGAUCCAGAAAGUGGUGAAACAAGGCAAUUAUUGAGAACAAAUUGGCCUGAAAAUCAGAUUAUUUAUACAGUCAAUAUGAAUCAGUUUCCACGUACUUCCGCACUCUGGUUCAAUGUGAAAUGUGAUCAAAAAACACACGAAUGGAAGUAUUCGGAAGUGGAUAAUGAUAGAGAGAUUGUAACUGAAUCUGUUAUUUGUCUUUCGAUUUGA